AUGGUUAGAAAGGCUUCAACAACAACUACAAAGGUCACAAUUCCACCAAAGACCCAAGAGAGUAAAAAGAGGAAGAACGAGGAUGAUAUUGUACAUCAACCUGUGAAGAAACUUGUUACGAGUGGCAAGUCACCUAUAUGCGCACUGUUUGAGAAGUACCAAGACCCAGCCGACAAGUCAAUAAUAGGUCCAGAUGGAAUAACGAGUUUCUGUCAUGAUCUAGGCCUUGCCCCUGACAGUAUUCAAGUGUUGAUACUAGCAUGGACAAUGAACGCAAAGAAGAUGGGAUACUUUACAUAUGAUGAGUUUAAGGUUGGAUUCGAGCAACUGAGAUGCAAUGACCUGCCGAACCUAAAGAGGACACUGCAAACAAUGACACAUCAAAUCAAGCUGGACCCAAUCAAAUUCUCAGAGUUAUACAAGUUCUCCUUCCGCUUCGCCAGUGAGAUUGAGAGUAAGAAGUCUGUUGAUCUCCAGAUUGCAGCAGAGAUGCUCGAGUUGGUCCUACCGGACGGUCCACAUACCAAAUCCUUUAUCAAAUUCCUAAGAAACACCAAGUCAUAUAAAGUGAUCAACAUGGAUCAAUGGGUUUGCUUCUUGGAGUUCUCAAAGACUGUCAAAGGUGACCUAUCCAACUAUGACGAAUCUGAAGCAUGGCCACUGCUCAUUGAUGACUUUGUAGAGUUCACCUCAAAUGAUGGAAGAAAGUGA